UUUUGAAAUAUUGCUGUUCCGGUUUAUAAAAGGAAGACAACCGUCUUAUGACUCCUUUGGCCUGAGCCGCCGCUUUGCAGAGCUUCAGAGAUCCGGUAUUUUACUUCAGAUUCUACCGGUGAGGAACAGCCAAUACUGCACGAGCUGCUGUUCUUGGCAGUGCCUGACCGCUUGGGACAUGUCUUACAAUAAUCCAUACCGAAAACCGCAAGAUGAUUUCACCACAAGCCAGGACAUGUACCCGGACUCUCAACGUACGUAUCACCGAGAAUCUGGUGCUUACAGGUCAAGAGUCGGCACCACAUCUCCAGAGCAGAUUUACUCUGCACUGUCUCUUACCUCAGAAGAGUUGUCUUCUAUUCCACCUGGUAAGGCUUUGUCCUUUCUGCAAAGCUGCGGAUUAGAUGCUGGGGACCUUAAAACUCUUGCUGAGCUCCCAGAGCAUCUCAUCUCUGCUGAGAAACUUCCAGAGCUUCUCGGCGAGAUCAAAAAUAAGAAAGCUGCCAACAUGUCUUCAUCUAGGUCCAGCACACUCCAACACGGUUCAUCAAGUCACUCCUGGGAGGAUAGGAGAUACACUGAACCGGUUGAGUAUUCCUUAGAUUUACCUGUUCAUCAGUCAUAUUCCCAUCAUCAAGAGCAAGCUCAGACCUUGGAUGACCAGUGGGGAAAUGCCCAACCAGCUAGCUCUUCAGCACACACAUACACAACUUCUGAGUCAAAUUUUGUGGUUGAAUACAACCAUCUAAAAGACAAAGACACUUAUUUCGAUAAAGCGCCUUAUGCUACUGAAUCUUCAAGGCAGAAAACGGCAGCUGUGUCACAGUCUUACUCUAACUACAGCAGGGACGACAGUCAACCCGCAUAUUUGUCCAGCAUAGAUGUCGGGCGACCGUCACAACUCUCCAGCAGAGAUGUCGGACAGUCCUCAAACUUAUCCAGCAGAGAUGUCGGGAAACCGUCGUAUGUGUCCAGCAAAGAUUUCGGGCAACCGUUGUAUCUGUCCAGCAGAGAUGUUGGUCAAUCCUCACACCUGUCCAGCAGAGAUGUUGGGAAACCAUCAUAUCUGUCCAGCAAAGAUGUCGGGCAACCGUCGUAUCUGUCCAGCAAAGAUGUUGGGCAACCAUCGUAUCUGUCCAGCAAAGAUGUCGGGCGACCGUCGUACCUGUCCAGCAGAGAUGUCGUGCAACCGUCGUAUCUGGCCAGCAAAAAUGUUGGGCAACCAUCGUAUCUGGUCAACAAAAAUGUCGGGCAACCGUCGUAUCUGGCCAGCAAAAAUGUCGGGCAACCGUCGUAUCUGGCCAGCAAAAAUGUCGGGCAACCGUCGUAUCUGGCCAGCAAAAAUGUCGGGCAACCGUCGUAUCUGGCCAGCAAAAAUGUCGGGCAACCGUCGUAUCUGGCCAGCAAAAAUGUUGGGCAACCAUUACCGCUGAUCCCAAACCUGUUCAGCAGAAGUGUUGGACAACUCUCAAACCUGUCUAGCAGAGAUGGCGGGCAAUCUUCUUUUAUAUCCAAUAGAGAUGCUAGCCGUUCCCCACACCAGACCAGCAGAAAGAGUCAACCUUCACACCUCUCCGGCAGAAAUGUUGGUCAGUCAUCUCAUCACCGGAAGACAGGGGUUCAUAAGGUGCCAACCAGGAAGGAGGCGUCCGACUUCCAUGGAAGAACUCCACCAGUAUUUCCCUAUGCUUGCGUACUCUGCGAGAUCACUGUUCUCUCUAACAAGGACUGGUCUGUGCAUAUAAACGGACCUCAGCAUGCUAAUAGUCAACUCAGUCUUGUGGAAAGAUAUCCAGAAUGGGAUCAGAAGAUCCAUUCAGCUCGCAGGAACGAGUCUGUUCCUGAGAAGCCACUAUCUAGAACCACACAGGAGCGAGGUGAAACAUCAAGCAGUAGAAAUGGUUCCUCGAGCAGCAGGAGCGGAUUGUCAGGCAGUAAAAGCAGCAAUAACCUGAAUAAAACAGAAGUGAAUGAGAAGUGCAAAAUGGUGUGUGUAAAGUUCGAGGUGGAUGAAGUGAAUGAAGCUUACCUGAAACAACUGCUUGGCCAGUUUGGAGCGAUUGUCAAAUUGACGAUGUUUUCUAGGAUGGCUUUUGUGGAGAUGGGAUCAACAGACCAGGCGGGGGAUGUAGUGAAAUAUUUCCUUCAAAACCCCUUGAAGGUCAAGGGCAAGCUGCUAGAAUUUUCCCUAUCGUCGUUGUCAUCAUGCAGUAUGAUCCAGACUUCUUGUGUGGUGAGCUUCAUGCCAUUACCUGCUGGAGAAGGCGUGAGCUCCGAGUUGAUCGCCAUUGCGAAGCGCUUUGGAUCAGUAAAACAUUCCCUGUUUUUGCCAAGCCGGGGUUAUGUGGAGAUGGGCAGUCCUCAAGAAGCCAGCAAAUUGGUGGAGCAUUAUUCCACCAAUUCACUGAAAUUGAAAGGAAAAACCAUCCACGUUAGCUUCUCAGCGGAGUACCUGAAACUUGGUCCUGAGAAAGAAGAACCCGUACCCAGGAGCAGCAACAGGAGGAGGAGGAGUUUAAGCCUACAAAGAAGAUCCCACAGUUCUCGAAGAGACUCUCCCAGUCCCAAACGAAGGUCCUCUGUAGAGACAUCCAGGUCCCGCAGGAGUUCUGACCCCAGGAAACGGCGACGCUCCAAAGAAAAGUCAGGACGGGAUCAUUUAUCUAGAUCUCGUUCCAGAAAAUCACCUUCCAAAGACCAAAGCAAGCAAACUGCCGAGAGUGCAGAGGAAAAAACCGAAGACAAGAUAGAUCAAUCUGAUACCCUGUGUGAUGACAGUGAUCUCGAAGGCGUGGCUGUUAUAGCAGAUGAUUGUGAAGAGCUUAACUCAGAAGAUGAAGAGUACAUUGAAAUCGAUCAGGAAGAUGAUCAAGAAGAUGAUGAGGAUCAAGGUUCCUCAGUGGCUCUGGAUGAACAGGAUGAAUCUGAAGACAUGCAGGAUGUGAAAGAGUCCGAUGAUAUAGCUACAGAUGUAGACACGACAAAAUCAGAGAGUGUUUUAAAAGAUACAAUUGCAGAUGAAUCAAGUGAGUGCAAGGAUGCCAAAGAGCUUCAAGAAAACCAAGAAGCAACAAAAGAGGAAACUGUAGAAGGUACAGAUGGGUCACUAGAGUGUAAAGAAGCACAAGAGCUUCAAGAAAACCAAGAAAUAAAACAAGAGGAAAGUGUAGAAAGUACAGAUGGGUCACUGGAGUGUAAAGAAGCACAAGAGCUUCGAGAACAAAAAGAAAUAAAAAAAGAGGAAAGUGUUGGAAGUACAGAUGGGUCACUGGAGUGUAAAGAAGCACAAGAGCUUCGAGAACAAAAAGAAAUAAAAAAAGAGGAAAGUGUUGGAAGUACAGAUGGGUCACUGGAGUGUAAAGAAGCCGAAGAGCUUCAAGAAAACCAAGGUAUACAAAAAGACAAAUCUGUGGACAUUUCAGAUGGAUCUACUGAGGAAGAUAAGGAGCCUCAGCAAAACCAACAAGCAACAAAAGACGAUACUGUGGAAAGUACAGAUGGAUCACUGGAGUGUAAGGAAGCCCAAGAGCUUCAAGAAAGCCAAGAAGCAACAAAAGAGGAAACUAUGGAAAUUGCAGAUGGAUCAAUGGAGUCUAGGGAAGUCCAGGAACUACAAGAAAGCCCAGAAGUACAAAAAGACGAAACUGUGGAAAUCUCAGAUGUACCAAGUGAAUGUAAGGAACCCGAAGAGCUUCAACAACACAAAGAAGUGCAAAAAGACAAUACAGAUGCAAUGGAACAGGAGGCGUCAGAUGUACCUGUGAAUCUGGAUAGUUGCAUUACCCUAGACAAAUUUAAAGAGGAAAUGACCGAGAAAGGUGAUGCAGAGGAGAUCGCUACUCCAAGCACUGGGGAAGAGUAUGGCAGGGUCCUUGAGGUGAAAGGUUUUCCUCCAGCUAAAAAAUAUAAUGAAGAUGAUUUGCUGAACAUUGGCAAAAAGUGUGGAGAAGUGGCAGGCUGUUGUCUAGUUCGCAACCAUCGAAAGGUGGAGAAGGCAUUAAUUGAGAUGGUGAAUGCUACUGAUGCUUCUAAACUGGAAGCUGAGUCUAAACGGCAGAGCUUUAAACUUGGUGGCAAAGUCUUAAGGAUAACGGUGUCAACCAAAUACACCCAUAUAAAAAAAAGAGUAAGCGUUGAAUCUGAUUCUGAGAAAGCAGACGGUGAGACGCAUGUUGAAGAGAAAAAUGAGGAAGUCGUGCAUGGGGAAGAAAAGAAUGAAGAAGUCAUGGAUGUAGAAGAGAAGAACGAAGAAGUCAUGGAUGUAGAAGAGAAGAACGAAGAAGUCAUAGAUGUAGAAGAGAAGAACGAAGAAGUCAUGGAUGUAGAAGAGAAGAACGAGGAAGCCUCAUACUCAUCGACUCCCUGUGAGGAGAUAUCAGGAAUGCCUGCUGAGACACAGACCUCUGAAGAAUGUGCUGAAGCUCAAAAGGAAACCAACCUGGACACAAUAAUGCAAACAUCCAGUGAUGAGGAGGAAGAUUAUGGCAAAGUUCUCAGAAUCAGAAACCUUCCAUUCACUGAUGAAUACACGGAUGCAGACUUUGUAGGCAUUGCAGAACGGUAUGGAAAAGUAAGGCACCAUUGGCUGUUUCGCCCGGAUCAUAUGGGACUGAUUGAAAUGGAACAUGCAUCUGAUGCUCAGAAGGUUGUAGCUGCAGCCAACAACAAUGAAAUUUCAAUCGCCGGGAAACAUCCCAAGAUUAAAGUGUCGUUGAAACACAGCCAUUUAAAUAAAAGGUAUUUUCAACAUGGAUCCAUUAACGGUUCUUUACAAACACCUGCUGAUAUGGAGAAUGAAAAGGAUGAAUCCAAGACACCAAACCUUAAUGAUAAUGAAGGUGUGAACUUGGAGGAUGAGAAGCUGGUUGACAGAGCAGAAAAAAUGAUUGAAGAUUCACUGUUAGAUGAUGCCGUGGGCACAGAGUUUGUUCGGCCUGUGGUGGGCUACUUUUGCAGCUUGUGUAACGCCAUUUAUGCCAGUGAGGAAGAGGCCAAGAAUCAACAUUGUAGGACUGUCUUGCACCAUCAAAAGCACAAGGAACGCAUGGAGCAAAACGGUUCAACAUAAACCAGCCCAAUUCAGAAAUAAUGAAGUCCAGAGGAAAUGAGCUUCUUAUAGUUUAAUUGCUUUGCAAUGUACAUUGCCAUUUUAAUUUCGAUAUGAGUGUGGAAACAAAAAAAAGUGGGAUUUUAUGUUGGGGAAAAAAAGAAAAAAAUGUGUUUUGUAGUCAUGAAGCAUGUACUGUGCUACAGUGUAUUGUAUUACGUUUAUAAACAGUAAAGCAUUUUGCUCGAAAUAAAACACGGCUCCUGU